AUGGCAGGUGUAAAGUAUGCAAAGGAUCAACCGGCAGGGUUCAAGAACCACGUGGAGAAUAUCGCCAUUGUUGGGGCCAGCGGACACAUCGGGGCAUUCAUCGCGCACGAACUGCUGAAAACGAAAAUCCACAAAGUCACGGCACUGACACGGGCGGAGAACAACAACACGAACAAAUUCCCACCAGGCCUAUCAAUCAUACCAGUCAACUACUCCGACCCAUCCACACUCGUAAAUGCGCUUCGCGGACAAGACGUCCUAAUCAUCACCAUGUCCGCAUUCGCACCUCGCGACACCGAGGCGAAACUAAUCCAAGCAGCCGCGGACGCCGGUGUCCCCUGGGUAAUGCCGAACGAAUGGGGCCUAGACGGGCAAUCGACAGAUCUGGUGCGCGAAGCGAUGACAGGACCAGGACGCGAAGCGGCUCGCAACCUCAUCGCCUCGCUGGGCAAGAGCUCGUUUGUGUCUUUAGUCUGUGGCUUCUGGUACGAAUUCAGCCUGGCGGGGCAGGAGAUCCGGUUCGGGUUUGACUUCCCCAACCGCACCGUCACCUUCUACGAUGACGGUCAAACCAAAAUCAACGUCAGCACUUGGGCCCAAUGUGGCAGGGCGGUGGCGAGGCUGUGGAGCCUGAAAAUCAUGCCUGACGACGAGAAGGAUACUAGUCCUACGGUCUCAACGCACUUUCGCAAUGGGUUCGUCUAUAUCUCGUCUUUCUUGCUCAGUCAGCGCGACAUGUUUGAGUCCGUUUUACGUGUCACGGGCACCACUGAACAGGAUUGGAAGAUUCAGUAUCAAGAUGUCAAGCAGCGGUAUCGAGAGGGCCUUGCGGCUUUUCAAAAUGCCGGCGACAUGAUGGCCUGGGUGAAAGCCAUGUAUGCUCGCGAUUUCUGGCCCGAUGGCUCCGGCAAUUACCAGGCUGUCAGAGGCCUACAUAAUCGACUCUUGGGCUUGCCGGACGAAGACCUCGAUGAGAGGACAAAAGUCGCUAUUGAUAUGGUCGAGAAUGGUGAUGAUGCAUGCAGGCCGAAGGAUUGA